GCCGACAUUGUAAUUCUUUAUCGUUAUCUAUAGGUUUACAUAGAUGCUAGAUUGCUGCACAGCACCCGCGGACGGAAUAAUGCCUUUCGACGAGAGCUUCGAGCUACCCCGCCAGACGCGUCAAGCUCCACACAUGAACAACGUGCUACCGGUACCGGUAACAACUGCUGAUCUUUAAUUCAACACAAACAGUUCGUGACAACAGCCUCGACAUACUCAGUACCAUAGAGGCAUUAUCAGCACAUCACUGAACCACACUCUCUGUACGUCACACGUCAAGUCCGCCAGACGCUCCCACCCACAUUUCAUAGCCAUGGCCGCAGGCAUGGCCACCGACCCACCCCUCCCCUCGCACGACCCCGAGCACCCCGACGCCUCAAUCAACAUCUCGCACUCGCUCGCAUACUGGGAAUCCGUGACCUCAGACAAUAACGGGAUGCUGGGCGGCUUUCCGCAAACGUCGCGCAUCGACCUCGUCGGCUCAUCCACCUUCCUCACAAAACUGCGGCGCUCGCGGCUCGGCCUGGGGCCCAAAACACCUCUUCCCUUGCUCGACAGAGUAGCGGACUGCGGCGCGGGCAUUGGGCGCAUAACAAAGGGCUUGCUGCUGGGAGUGGGGAGACGGGUCGAUGUUGUCGAGCCGGUGAAGAAGUUUACCGACGAGCUUGUUGCGGAGGUCGAGAACACGAGUGCUGAGGCUGCUGGCGACGAGGCGGCGGGCAGGGGGCAGGUGGGUGAGGUGUGCAAUCAAGGACUACAGGAUUGGGUUCCUGCGACGGGGGCAUACAAUUUGAUCUGGAAUCAGUGGUGUUUGGGCCAUUUGACGGAUGCGCAGCUUAUUGCAUAUCUGGAGCGGUGCAAGGACGGGCUUGUUAAGCCUGAAGAGGGAGAGAAGGUGGAGGCGUGGAUUGUGGUGAAGGAGAAUCUUUCGACAGAUCUUAGGCAUAAAGAUAUCUACGACGAGGAGGAUUCGAGUGUGACGAGGAGCGAUGAAAAGUUCAGGAAGCUGUUCACGGAUGCGGGGUUGAAGAUUGUGGCUACGGAGCUGCAGCGAGGCAUGCCGAAGGAGUUGUAUCCUGUGCGGACAUACGCGCUGAAACCUGAAUAAGCGCCUUGAGGAAACGAUUCAACAACGAUAGACUCAAGAGCUAUAUACCCAGGUACGCAAUGCACGAUUAUUGAUGAUGCGCAAUGCUCUU